CGGGCGGCAGAACGCGCGGCGUCAGGUCACACGGCCCCGCCGCUGCCGGCAGUGUGACGAGCGCUAUCAUCGUGUCCGGUGACCCCACAUUUCGCCGUCGCGAUGGGUCUGCUGCCAAUGCUGCCGCUGUUGCUGCUGACGCUGUCGUCGCAUGUGGACCUCGCCACCGGCGGGACGCGACGCGGCGCCAGCUGUUACGCCUGCACGGACCUCGUCGGAAAGUUUCUGGUUUGUGCGGGACCCCAAGAUUGUCCCAUCAACACUUACUGCACGACCACGGGCCUGGGGGAUGGCCAACGGCGCUGCUUUCCGGCCAAGAAGUCCGGCGGCAGCUGUCUGGAGGAUCGCGAGUGUCUGUCGGGCAGCUACUGCAACCAGCCGGCGUGCGGCCUUUUCUUCGACCCGUUCUGCUUCACAUACGUGUGCGGCUCAAUCAGCUCCAAGGCCACGCUGAGUCUGGCGCAGGCGGGGGAGGCGCGUCUUCAGCCCGCCUCCCGGCUGGGAUGA